UCAAGAACCACGAUGGAGCAUUGCUUUGUGCUCCUUUUGCUGGUUGCAGGUGCUGCAUCAAACGCUAUUGAGAAGAGGAUUCUUGGGAGUAGAUCCUGUGACAAGGAUCGCCAGUACCAUGUCCAGAUAGAGUCCGCUCAGGGCGGGAAGUCCUGUGCAGGCGCUCUGCUCAAUCCCCGCUGGGUCAUCACAGCUUCUCACUGUGCAGAGCAGACAGUCACAGUGAAGCUCGGCAUAAACAAUGAUGUGUCCUUUUUUACAAAAACUGUCUCUUGGUUAAAAGGCAAAUCCAAAAAACUCCAACAAACUAUUCCGGCCAAACAGCAGCACACCUUCAAAGAUGAAGAAGGAAAUGCCCAUGACAUUAUGCUCAUCCAGCUGAAUGAGGACAUGUCAGUCAAACUUCCCACCAUCAGCCUCCCUUCAGAAUGCACCAAGCUAGAGCCAAGAGCAAAAGUGCAGAUUGGAGGAAUGGGAGCAAAGGCAAAAGUAAACCGGUUGGUGAGGUCAGAUGUGCCACGACAGUGA